AUGAGGACCUACCAGACAAAUACCGUAUCAAGAAAACUUCAUAUAACCAAAUUUUUGUCACACAACCUAUCGUUUGGAUACCCAAAGAGUGAUACGUGCGCUACGUGCGAUGCUGGAGACUUAAAUGACGAACAUAAGUCAAAUUAUUAUGCUGCUGUUGAAGCUAUGCAAGUUGACCGUAGAAAACCAACUCGAGAUGGCGAUAUUGUGUACGUUACGGCGAUGGAUUUACAACAAACCAUGCCAUUACCAAAACUAACAACAUCAAAAGCGUUCUACUUGCGUCAACUGUGGUUUUACAACCUGGGUAUUCAUGUCUGUGAUGGAAGCAAACAAAAAGCCGUAUGUUGUACCUGGACUGAAGAUGUUGCGGACCGCGGAAGUGCCGAAGUUGCGAGCGCACUUCUAAGAUUUGUGGAAGUAGAUCCAAGUUGCCAAAACAAAGAUCACCUAUUAAUUUGGUCAGAUUCAUGUGCCGGCCAAAACUAA